AUGCUUCUGCGGCGAUUUCUUUUCUAUUACGCCAAAAAACAAAUCUAUCUAUCUAUCUAUCUAUCUAUCUAUCUAUCUAUCUAUCUAUCUAUCUAUUCUAUCUCCGUCUGUUCAUAUCUAUCUAUCUAUCUAUCUAUCUAUCUAUCUAUCUAUCUAUCUAUCUCAAUCUUUCUCGCACUGCCUUCAAACCACCAACCAGUUCUCGCUCUGCCUUCAAACCACCAACAAGUUUAUCUUUUUAAACCACCAAACAUUUCUCGCCCUGCCUUCAAACCACCAACCAUUUCUCGCCCUGCCUUGAAAAACCACCAACCAGUUUUUUUGAAAAAACACCAACCAGUUCUCGACCUCCUUUCAAACCACCAACAAUUUCUCGCCCUGCCUUCAAACCACCAACCAGUUCUCGCACUCCUUUUAAACCACCAACCAGUUCUCGCCCUCCACUCAAAACACCAACCAUUUCUCGCCCUGCCUUCAAACCGCCAACCAGUUCUCGCCCUUCUUUCAAACCACCAACCAGUUCUCGCCGCCUUUCAAACCACCAACCAGUCCUCGACCUCCUUUCAAACCACCAACCAGUUUUCGCCCUGGCUGAAAACCACCAACCAGUUGUCGCCCUCCUUUCAAAACCACCAACCAUUUUUCAAACCAAACCACCAACCAGAUCUCCCUCCUUUUCAAACCACCAACCAUUUCUCGCCCGCCUUUCAAACCACCAAACAGUUCUCGACCUCCUUUCAAACCAACAACCAGUUCCCGCCCACCAUUCAAACCACCAACCAGUUCUCGACCUCCUUUCAAACCACCAACCAUUUUUUCGCCCUGCCUUCAAACCACCAACCAGUUCUCGCCCUCCUUUCAAACAACCAAACAUUUCUCCCCUACCUUCAAACCACCGACCAGUUCUCGCCCUCCUUUCAAACCUCCAACCAUUUCUCGCCAUCCUUUCAAUCCUCCAACCAUUUCUCGAUUUUUCAAACCACCAACCAGUUUUCGUUUUUCAAACCACCAACCAGUUCUCGCCCUCCUUUUAAACCACAAACCAGUUCUCGCCCUCCUUUUCAAACCACCAACCAGUUCUCGCCCUGCAUUCAAACCACCAACCAGUUCUCGCCCUCCUUUCAAACCACCAACCAGUUUCAAACCACCCUCACCUCCUUUCAAAACCACCAACCAUUUCUCGCCCUGCCUUCAAACCGCCAACCAGUUCUCGCCCUUCUUUCAAACCACCAACCAGUUCUCGCCCUCCUUUCAAACCACCAACCAGUCCUCGACCUCCUUUCAAACCACCAACCAUUUCUCGCCCUGGCUUCAAACCACCAACCAGUUGUCGCCCUCCUUUCAAACCACCAACCAUUUUUCGCCCUGCCUUCAAACCACCAACCAGAUCUCGCCCUCCUUUCAAACCUCCAAACAUUUCUCGCCCUCCUUUCAAACCACCAACCAUUUCUCGCCCUCCUUUCAAACCACCAAACAGUUCUCGACCUCCUUUCAAACCAACAACCAGUUCCCGCCCUUCUUUCAAACCACCAACCAGUUCUCGACCUCCUUUCAAACCACCAAUUAUUUCUCGCCCUGCCUUCAAACCACCAACCAGUUCUCGCCCUUUCAAACAUUUCUCCCCACCAAACCAGUUCUCGCCCUCCUUUCAAACCUCCAACCAUUUCUCGCCAUCCUUUCAAUCCUCCAACCAUUUCCCGCCCUGCCUUCAAACCACCAACCAAUUCUCGCCCUCCUUUCAAACCACCAACCAGUUCUCGCCCACCUUUAAAUCCACAAACCAGUUCUCGCCCUCCUUUCAAACCACCAACCAGUUCUCGCCCUGCCUUCAAACCACCAACCAGUUCUCGCCCUCCUUUCAAACCACCAACGAGUCCUUGCCCUCCUUUCAAACCACCAACCAUUUCUUGCCCUGCCUUCAAACCACCAACCAGUUUCUCGCCCUCCUUUCAAACCACCAACCAGUUCUCGCCCCUGCCUUUCAAACCCAACCAUUCUCGACCUCCUUUCAAACCACCAACCAUUUCUCGCCCUGCCUUCAAACCACCAGCCAUUUUUCGCCCUGCCUUCAAACCACCAACCAGUUCUCGCCCUCCUUUCAAACCACCAAACAGUUCUCGACCUCCUUUCAAACCACCAACCAUUUCUCGCCCUCCCUUCAAACCACCAACCAGUUCUCGACCUCCUUUCAAACCACCAACCAUUUCUCGCCCUGCCUUCAAACCACCAACCAGUUCUCGCCCUCCUUUCAAAACACCAACCAGUUCUCGACCUCCUUUCAAACCACCAACAAUUUCUCGCCCUGCCUUCAAACCACCAACCAGUUCUCGCACUCCUUUUAAACCACCAACCAGUUCUCGCCCUCCACUCAAAACACCAACCAUUUCUCGCCCUGCCUUCAAACCGCCAACCAGUUCUCGCCCUUCUUUCAAACCACCAACCAGUUCUCGCCCUCCUUUCAAACCACCAACCAGUCCUCGACCUCCUUUCAAACCACCAACCAUUUCUCGCCCUGCCUUCAAACCACCAACCAGUUGUCGCCCUCCUUUCAAACCACCAACCAUUUUUCGCCCUGCCUUCAAACCACCAAACAGUUCUCGCCAUCCUUUCAAACCACCAAACAGUUCUCAACCUACUUUCAAACCACCAACCAGUUCUCGCCCUCCUUUCAAACCACUAACAAGUUCUCGCCCUCCUUUCAAACCUCCAACCAUUUCUCGCCCUGCCUUCAAACCACCAACCAGUUCUCGCCCUCCUUUCAAACCACCAACCAGUUCUCGACCUUUUUUCAAACCAAUAACCAGUUCUCGCCCUCCUUUCAAACCACCAAACAGUUCUCGACCUCCUUUCAAACCACCAACCAUUUCUCGCCCUCCCUUCAAACCACCAACCAGUUCUCGACCUCCUUUCAAACCACCAAUUAUUUCUCGCCCUGACUUCGAACCACCAACCAGUUUUCGCUCUCCUUUCAAACCACGCACUAUUUCUUGCCCUGCCUUCAAACCACCAAACAUUUCUCACCCUCCCUUCAAACCACCAAACAGUUCUCGCACUUCUUUCAAACCACCAACCAGUUCUCGCCCUCCUUUCAAACCACCAACCAUUUCUCGCCCUGCCUUCAAACCACCAGCCAUUUUUCGCCCUGCCUUCAAACCACCAACCAGUUCUCGCCCUCCUUUCAAACCACCAAACAGUUCUCGACCUCCUUUCAAAACACCAACCAGUUAUCGCCCUUCUUUCAAACCACCAACCAUUUCUCACCCUGCCUUCAAACCACCAACCAGUUUUCGCUCUCCUUUCAAACCACCAACCAUUUUUCGCCCUGCCUUCAAACCACCAAACAUUUCGCCUCCUUUCAAACCACUAACCAGUUCUCGCCCUCUUUUCAAACCUCCAACCAUUUCUCGCCCUGCCUUCAAACCACCAAUCAGUUCUCGCCCUCCUUUCAAACUACCAACCAGUUCUCGGCCUUUUUUCAAACCAAUAACCAGUUCUCGCCCUCCUUUCAAACCACCAAACAGUUCUCGACCUCCUUUCAAACCACCAACCAUUUCUCGCCCUCCCUUCAAACCACCAACCAGUUCUCGACAUCCUUUCAAACCACUAAUUAUUUCUCGCCCUGCCUUCGAACCACCAACCAGUUUUCGCUCUCCUUUCAAACCAACCUUGCCCUGCCUUCAAACCACCAAACAUUUUCGCCCUCCCUUCAAACCACCAAACAGUUCUCGCAUUUCUUUCAAACCACCAACAAGUUCUCGCCCUCCUUUCAAACCACCAACCAUUUUCUCGCCCUGCCUUCAAACCACCAACCAUUUCUCGCCCUGCCUUCAAACCACCAACCAGUUCUCGCCCUCCUUUCAAAACACCAACCAGUUCUCGACCUCCUUUCAAACCACCAACCAUUUCUCGCCCUCCUUUCAAACCACCAACCAUUUUCUCGCCCUUGCCUUCGAACCACCUAACCAGUUUCGCUCUCCUUUCAAACCACGAACUAUUUCUUGCCCUGCCUUCAAACCAGCAACCAUUUCUCGCCCUCCCUUCUCGCCAGUUCUCGUACUUUUUUCAAACCACCAACCAGUUCUCGCCCUGCCUUCAAACCACCAACCAUUUCUCGCUUUUUCCCAAACCACCUACCAGUUUCGCUUUCCUUUCAAACCACCAACCAUUUCUCGCCCUGCCCAAACUACCAACCAUUUCUCGGCAUUCUUUCAAUUUCCUUUCAAACCACCAACCAGUUCUCGACCUCCUUUCAAACCACCAACCAUUUCUCGCCCUGCCUUCAAACCACCAGCCAUUUUUCGCCCUGCCUUCAAACCACCAACCAGUUCUCGCCCUCCUUUCAAACCACCAAACAGUUCUCGACCUCCUUUCAAAACACCAACCAGUUAUCGCCCUUCUUUCAAACCACCAACCAGUUUUCUCGCCCUGACUUUGAACCACCAACAAGUUUUUCUCUCCUUUCAAACCACGCACUAUUUCUUGCCCUGCCUUCAAAACCACCAAACAUUUUCACCCCUCCCUUCAAACCACCAACCAGUUCUCGCCCUUCUUUCAAACCACCAACCAGUUCUCGCCCUCCUUUCAAACCACCAACCAUUUCUCGCCCUGCCUUCAAACCACCAGCCAUUUUUUCGCCCUGCCUUCAAACCACCAACCAGUUCUCGACCUUUUCAAACCACCAACCAUUUUUUCGCCCUGCCUUCAAACCACCAAACCACUUCUUUCUCGCAACCAUUUCUCGCCCUUUCACCAGCCAUUUUUCGCCCUGCCUUCAAACCACCAACCAGUUCUCGCCCUCCUUUCAAACCACCAAACAUUUCUCGACCUCCUUUCAAACCACCAACCAUUUCUCGCCCUCCUUUCAAACCACCAACCAUUUCUCGCCCUGCCUUCAAACCACCAGCCAUUUCUCGCCCUGCCUUCGAACCACCAACCACCAUUUUUCGCCCUGCCUUCAAACUACCAACCAGUUCUCGCCCUCCUUUCAAACCACCAAACAGUUCUCGACCUCCUUUCAAACCACUAACCAGUUCUCGCCCUUCUUUCAAACCACCAAACAGUUCUCGUCCUCCUUUCAAACCACCAACCAUUUCUCGCCCUGCCUUCAAACCACCAGCCAUUUUUCGCCCUGCCUUCAAACCACCAACCAGUUCUCGCCCUCCUUUCAAACCACCAAACAGUUCUCGACCUCCUUUCAAAACACCAACCAGUUAUCGCCCUUCGCCCACCAACCAUUUCUCACCUUCAAACCACCAACCAGUUUUCGCUCUCCUUUCAAACCACCAACCAUUUUCGCCCUGCCUUCAAACCACCAAACAGUUCUCGCCAUUCCUUUCAAACCACCAAACAUUUCUCAACCUACUUUUCAAACCACCAACCAGUUCUCGCCCUCCUUUCAAACCACUAACCAGUUCUCGCCCUCUUUUCAAACCUCCAACCAUUUCUCGCCCUGCCCAAACCACCAAUCAGUUCUCGCCCUCCUUUCAAACUACCAACCAGUUCUCGGCCUUUUUUCAAACCAAUAACCAGUUUCGCCCUCCUCAAACCACCAAACAGUUCUCAAACCACCAACCAUUUCUCGCCCUCCCUUCAAACCACCAACCAGUUCUCGACAUCCCUUCAAACCACCUAAUUUAUUUCUCGCCCUGCCUUCGAACCACCAACCAGUUUCGCUUCUUUCAAACCACGCACUAUUUCUUGCCCUGCCUUCAAACCACCAAACAUUUCGCCCUCCUUCAAACCACCAAACAGUUCUCGCAUUUCUUUCAAACCACCAACCAGUUCUCGCCCUCCUUUCAAACCACCAACCAUUUCUCGCCCUGCCUUCAAACCACCAGCCAUUUUUCGCCCUGCCUUCAAACCACCAACCAGUUCUCGCCCUCCUUUCAAACCACCAAACAGUUCUCGACCUCCUUUCAAACCACCAACCAUUUCUCGCCCUCCUUUCAAACCACCAACCAUUUCUCGCCCUGCCUUCAAACCACCAGCCAUUUCUCGCCCUGCCUUCGAACCACUAACCAGUUUUCGCUCUCCUUUCAAACCACGAACUAUUUCUUGCCCUGCCUUCAAACCAGCAACCAUUUCUCGCCCUCCCUUCAAACAACCAAGCAGUUCUCGUACUUCUUUCAAACCACCAACCAGUUCUCGCCCUGCCUUCAAACCACCAACCAUUUCUCGCUUUUCCUUCAAACCACCUACCAGUUUUCGCUUUCCUUUCAAACCACCAACCAUUUCUCCCCUGCCUUCUCACCAACCAUUUCUCGGCAUUCUUUCAAACCACCAACCAGUUCUCGCCCUCUUCAAACCACCGCCAGUUCUCGACCUCCUUUCAAACCACCAACCAUUUCUCGACCUGCCUUCAAACCACCAGCCAUUUUUCGCCUUUCAAACCACCAAACCAGUUCAGUUCGCCCUCCCUUCAAACCACCAACCAACCUCCUUUCAAAAACCACCAACCAGUUCUCGCCCUUCUUUCAAACCACCAACCAGUUCUCGACCUCCUUUGAAACCAAACCGCCCAACCAGUUCUCGCCCUCUUUCAAACCACUGACCAGUUCUCGCCCUCUUUUCAAACCACCAAAACCACCAACCAACCAGUUCUCGCCCUCCUUUUCAAACCUCCAACCAUUUCUCGCCAUCCUUUCAAACCUCCAACCAUUUCUCGCCCUGCCUUCAAACCACCAACCAGUUCUCGCCCUCCUUUCAAACCCAACCAGUUCUCGCCCUCUUUUCAAUCCACCAACCAUUUCUCGCCCUCUUUUCAAACCACCAACCAUUUCUCGCCCUGCCUUCAAACCACCAACCAUUUCUCGCCCUCCUUUCAAACCACCAACCAGUUCUCGCCCUCCUUUCAAACCACCAACCAUUUCUCGCAACACUUUCAAACCACCAACCAUUUCUCGCAACCCUUUUAAACCACCAACCAUUUCUCGCAACACUUUCAAACCACCAACCAGUUCUCGCAACACUUUCAAACCACCAACCAGUUCUCGCCCUGCUUUCAAACCACCAACCAGUUCUCGCACCCGCUUCCAGAAUUGA